GAAGCAUCGCAGUUCUGUGUGUCGAUUUUUUUUCUCUCGGUUCAACAAAAACAAAAUCACACUAUUAAGCCGGCUCGUUUCCCUAAGUGAUUUUUUUAUGCAAAUAAGUUUCAGCAUAGGUGUGGUCGUACCGUGAAAUAAUAUCGCGUAGUGUAAAGGUCGAUACAGUUUCAACCGCUUUGUUUACAUAGGCUAAAUGAUAGUUGAACACGAGAGAAAAUAACAUGUCGCUGCUCAUCCUUACAUCAUUCCAUGGCCUGACGGCGCUGCACUACUUUUAUUCCAUGUACUACGAUUUAUGCGUGAUUGGGGAAUAUCCGAAAGAGGUCAGAGAAAUUUUUGGUGGCACUCCCGUCAACGAUAGGUAUCAACUGCCCUUAAAGGGGCGGGAGGUAUUUCUGACCUAUUGGAACCUGAUAUUGCAAGCAAUCUAUUUUACUGUUUGCCUGGUAAACGAUUUCUUCGGAACAAAUGAAGUGUCACCGCGAAGUACCCCGCUUAUUAGGAAACUAAAGGAUUAUAUGCUGGCGGCAUUCGCCUUCCCGGUGGCCUUAAAUGUCGGCGUCACCUUCUGGACUCUAAUGGCCAUUGAUCGCGAAUUAGUUUUUCCUAAAGCAUUGGACGCUGUCUUCCCAGGAUGGCUCAACCAUGUGAUGCAUACGAAUAUAGUGAUCUUUAUGCUGCUGGAGAUUUGUACCAGUUUUAGGCAGUAUCCGUCUAGAAAAUAUGGUCUCACUGGGUUGGGGAUUUUUAUGGCUUGCUAUCUAGUAUGGUUGCACAUCAUUCGCCACUUCGGUGGGAUAUGGGUAUACCCUGUAUUAGAUGUCUUGAAUCUUCCACAGCGAAUUUUGUUUUUCGUAGUCAGCUUAGCGUUUUCUGUUGGACUGUAUUUACUGGGGGAGUUUUUCAACAGCAUUAUCUGGACCAAAGAACUGAAGCAGUUAAAGACCGGUACUACUAGUAAGAAGAUAAAAUAAAAUACAUAUACGUCGUCACUGUGCAUUCGUAUCCUAGAUUGCAUGAUAGCCAAAUAGAAAAAGGUUUGUCCUGGGUUUAUAUUAAACUAUUUGUUUAUUCUAAAUAUCGAGAAUAACUCAAUGACAUAAAUUUUCUGCAGAUGAAUAUAGGAAGAGUGAUGUUCACAUUUAACUAGACAUUUUGUUAUGUUAUCCAACAUCUGUGAUUUGUGUUAACUAACAUUCACAUUAGUGCAUGCCCGGCGUAAUGCUAUUAUACCUAUACCUACUACUGACAUAAAGAAUCUUUUAUUUCCUGUUUAGGAAACUGAAGCUUUGAGACAAAGGUAUUAUUGCUUGAGAAACAAACAAUGCUGCACUUUUGAAACCUCUAUCCUCAUACGAAAGUUCAGCCCAUGAAACUAUAGUAAAAAUGUUUUCUAUAGAUUCUAAGCGUUCGUUAAAAUUACGCUUGAAUAAUACACUACUCUGAGUGAAAUGAAAUACGCGAGAUUCAGAUAAAUGUAUUCUAAGCCACAAGAUAAACGACCAAAUUUUGCGGUGAUAGUAAAUAUAAACUUUAAUCGAGGUUCAAUGGUAAGAUAUAACAUCAAGAGCUAUUUACAUUCGAAUUUUUGAAUUUUUCUGAAAGUUGAAACAUUGCAUUAUCAUUCAGCACUUAUAGAUUACUGGCGGGAAAAACCGCCACAGCACCGUGAUUCGCUAAACUUCUUUCUCAUACACAUCGCAGUUUUUAAUUGUUCUUGUAAAUCGAAGCCAUUAAAUUAAUGUAUAGUACAUAUAAAAUAAACAAAUAAAAUUUCGAUAAUUUUAAAUCAUAAACCGUCAGGUUAUAUAUCAUAAAAAUUGGGUAUACUCCGCUCAUUUGUGCCUAUUUGUCUGUACUGUCUCACGAAAGCAAAAUUUGAAUUUAUGGAUAGUUGAUUAAGGUGCAACCCUUCGUAGUAGCAAAGAAAUGAGCGUGAAUAAGCAGAGCAAGCUUUUAGAAACUCCAUUAAGGAAUAUAUAAUACAUGUAGCAAUGGGUUGCUUAUAAUAAACGGUAGGUUUGCAUUAGCAAUAGCGAAAUUUUAGAAGCUUUUUCGGACUUGGUUUACGAGGCAAGGAGCAUAUGCAUUUUUAGGUGUUGAAUAAUCGUAGUUCAUUAUAAUAUUUAUUGCCGUAUAUCUUCUAAAUUCUGUUGUCAUAGAAAUCAUAAAAAUAAGCGUGAACUGCACAAUUUCAUUGUGAUUGUGAUUGGACUCCAUUGAAUAAAACUAAUACGAUUCCAACAGUGUUUUAUUGGUAUUUUUUCGAAUAAAGUAUACUUUUAAAUUCAGCAUUAUAAACUGGCAAUUCCU